AACUGUAUCUGUCAUUUCCUUUCGCUACGUCGAAAAAGAAGAAAAGAAGAAAAAAAAACGAAGUGAAAAGAAAUCAAUAGUUCUGUGUCAUAAAGAGAAAAUUUUUUCCAUAUUAUAUCCCAGGACGAAAAUUUUUAAUAGAAAUAACUAAUAUUUCUCAAAUAAUCCACUAACCAUGGCGGAUAAUGAACAAAAAGCAAUGCAGCUAAUGGCUGAAGCUGAAAAGAAAUUAACCCAACAAAAGGGUUUUCUUGGUUCGUUGUUUGGAAGUGGUUCAAAUAAAGUUGAAGAUGCAAUCGAAUGUUAUCAACGUGCUGGAAACAUGUUUAAAAUGGCCAAAAAUUGGUCCAAAGCUGGACAGGCAUUUUGUGAGGCUGCUACUUUGCAUGCUAGAGCUGGAAGUCGUCACGACGCUGGUACAAUGUACGUUGACGCAUCUAAUUGUUAUAAAAAGUCCGACGUAGAAGAAGCUGUUUCGUGUCUUUUAAAAGCCAUAGACAUUUAUACUGAUAUGGGAAGAUUUACUAUGGCAGCUAAACAUCAUCAAAGCAUUGCUGAAAUGUAUGAAUCAGAUCCAAAUACUUUGGCAAAAUCAAUUCAACAUUACGAACAAGCAGCCGAUUACUUCCGAGGUGAAGAAUCAGUUAGUUCAGCUAACAAAUGCAUGUUGAAGGUCGCACAGUAUGCCGCUCAAUUGGAAGAUUAUGACAAAGCUAUACAAAUCUAUGAACAGGUGGCUACAUCAUCUUUGGAGAGUUCUCUGUUGAAAUACAGUGCCAAAGAAUAUUUCUUUAGAGCUGCAUUAUGCCAUUUAAGCGUGGAUUUGUUAAAUGCUCAACAUGCAAUUGAAAAGUAUGCUCAACAAUAUCCAGCUUUUCAGGAUUCACGAGAGUAUAAACUUGUUAAGACUCUAUGUGAACAUUUAGAAGAGCAAAACAUCGAAGGAUUUACUGAAGCCGUCAAGGAUUACGAUAGCAUUUCCAGGCUCGAUCAAUGGUAUACAACUAUUUUGCUAAGAAUCAAGAAAGCUGCCAACGAUGAUCCCGAUCUUCGAUAAAUUCUCAUUUUUGUUCCAUCCUCCAUCACUUUUUCUCUCUAUUUCCCUCGUAAAUAAGAUUAAAUGCAAACAAAAUAAAAUUUAUAAAAAUAAACAAGAAACAAAAAAAAAAAAAAAAACACUAAAAAAUAUAUAUCCAACAUUAUACAAAAGUUUUCUUUGAUUCUGAAAUAAUUUUUAAUACAAAAUAUGUUUACUAAACUGUUUCUUCUGUUUUUUUUUUUACACACAUAUACACAAAACUACGUACAUAUAAAUACAGUUUUAACGAAUAAAAAUGAAAAAGAGAAGCGCAAGCAAUUAAAAAACUAAAACAAACAAAAAAUAUAUAGAAAGCAACGUUUUCAAAAAAAAAAAAAAAAACAUUUUAAACUAAAUUCCAAAAUAAAAAAAAAUUAAAAAGAGAAAAAAAAAAUUGAUAUUUUUCUUUAUUCCUUAUCAUGGCUUAGAUCUUAGAAAACAAUUAAAAUGUGUUUAAAUUUUUUUCCUUGUAGUGUGCUUCAGUGUCUUUCUAAGUUUUUUUUUUUUUAAGAUAAAGGGAUUUGAUUAUUGUCGAUGGCUUUGAGAUGAAAAUAAAGUUGCUAUUAUAAGGCCUCAAUAUUGAUAAUACUAUAAUUAUUAUUAUUUUUUUUUUAUUUUUUUCUAAUUUUGUCUAUAUAUCUAUAUUUGUUCGUUAUAUUUGUUGAUAGAUUUUUAUUUAUACGUUAAGCAUAUAAUAUAAUUAAAUUGUUUCUCUAUUCUCAAAAAACUUGGGCAUAGACAGUAGCUAUAUAUAAUUGAAUCUAAAUGGAUUUAUUGUAAUACAUAUUAUAUUACUAAAAAUAUAUAUAAGCCCAAAACAAACAAAAAUAUAUUCCAUAAUUUUAUUGUAAUUUAAAUUUGAAAAAUGUCUAAAUACAAAACAAAAAAAGAACUACAUAAUACACUAUAAUGUAAAAUUAAAAAAAAAAAAAUUAACAAAAAAAAAAAAAACAA